AGAAGAAACUCUUUCCAGGUGGUGUUUCCAGUGGUUUACUGCAGUAUUGUUUACUGGAUGACGGCUCAGCCUCCAGACGCUGCACGAUUCUUCCUCUUCCUGUCUCUGGGAGUCCUUACGUCCUUAGUGGCUCAGAGCCUGGGUUUGCUGAUCGGAGCUGCCUCCACCUCACUGCAGGUGGCCACAUUUGUGGGUCCGGUCACAGCGAUCCCGGUGCUGCUGUUCUCAGGGUUCUUUGUCAGCUUUGAUACCAUCCCCUGGUACCUGCAGUGGAUGUCCUACAUCUCCUAUGUCAGGUAUGGCUUUGAGGGUGCCAUUCUGUCCAUCUAUGGUCUGGAUCGAGCAGACCUUCACUGCGAUGAAGAAGAUACCUGCCACUUCCAGAAGUCUGAGGCCAUUCUGAAGGAGCUCGACAUGAUGGAUGCCAAACUCUACCUGGACUUCAUCGUCCUCGCCAUCUUCUUCUUCUCUCUGAGGGUCAUCGCCUACUUCGUCCUGCGGUACAAGAUCCGGUCUGAGAGGUAGACCAGCACUAGAACAGGACUAAACCAGUCAGUCUGCAUUUGGACUCUGAUGAGGAGAUGCUGUGUGUCUGAAGGUCUGGUUCAGGUCUUGCAGGGACUGGAGCUGGUCUCCUGGUUUCUGAAUAUUUUACUGUGCCACACUCUGAACUCAGCAGAAUAUAAGUCUCCCUGGGCUGGUUUCUGAAACAAGACUCUGAUCAAGAGACGUUCAGGGCCAAGAGAACUUUCUUUGUGAUGUUAGUGAAUCAUUGGUAGGUUUGUGAAUGAAGACUUGUGGACUCACUGAGACUGUCCCACAAAUAAACGUGUCAAACAAGUUUGGUUUCACUGUUUGCUUCCUCCAGUCUUUUUCCUGAAGCUGAAUGCUCUUUGUUUUGAUCCUUGUGAAGCUUAUUUUUUAAGUCUUGUGGCACCAAACGUAAGCACAGAGUGGGAAGACAUGCAGCAAAAGUCUUAGGAUGUAAACCCAAUGUCAAAACAGAGGACUAAGGCCUUCCUAUAUAUCAGCAGCCUCUACCAUUAUGCCACUGCUUACUGUGUAAAGCUUUGCAUCCAUCCAUCCAUCCAUCCAUCCAUCCAUCCAUCCAUCCAUCCAUCCAUCCAUCCAUC